GUCAAACUAAGAAACAAGUCGACCGAUCUGCAGCUACCAAGAUGGCCGAUAUCAAACCACCCUUCACGGAAGAAACUGCCAAGAAGAAGGUGAAAGCCGCCCAGGAUCUAUGGAAUACACAAGAUCCCUGUCGUAUCGCACAAGCCUACACACCCACCAGCAUCUGGCGCAACCGCACCUCAUUCCUCACCGGAACAGACGAGAUCACCGCCUUUCUGACGGCUAAAUGGAAGCGCGAGCGCAACUACAGACUUCGCAAGGAGCUGUUCUCCUUCAACGAUGACCGCAUCGCGGUGCAGUUCUGGUAUGAGUAUCAAGACGCCGAGGAUGGAAUGCGGUGGAAGAGGUGUUAUGGGCUUGAGGAUUGGACAUUUGAGAGGGAGACGGGGAAGAUGCGGAAGAGGAUGAUGAGCGGGAAUGAUGUGCUAAUUGGGGUGGAUGGGGAUGGGGUGGGGAGGUGGUUUGUUGAUGGGGUUGAUGUUGAGGAUGUGGGGAUUGGGGAGGAGCAUUGGUGAGUUAGUAGACUGGGGAUAUGGUGCAAGGGCUGCGGUUACGGGUACGUGCAGAGAGAUUUAGCAUGUGCUUCUUGGGAGGCGAGGUUAUUGAGUUUUAAGAUAAUCUUUUGCACGUUGUU